AUCUGGAGGGAAAACCAAAUAUACAUUUUUCUUUUAAAAACUUAACUCACAAUUAUUAACUACUAGAUUUUAUUUUUCCACUUUAUUCCGAUUAUCUUGUUCCAUUUCAAUGCUCCACUGAUACGACACCGCUUCCUCUCGAACCGAAACUCACGCUAGGAUCGAUCCGGAGCAUGUGUUGUGAAUGCUGAAUGGCGAAAGUAGCUACACCAAGCGCGAUGCCUCCGAGUUCUCAUGGAAUUUCAUCGGUGCCUCUUAAAGGUGCUUCUAUUGCUAAAAGAAAGACGCCUUCAGAACUUAGGGGAGAACAGUUGAAGCGGGAGAUUUUUGUGGACUAUACUGAUGAAUCGCCGACCUCGGCUGGUUCCUCGAAAGCUGCUGAGGCGGGUAAUAGAUUUAAAAAACCAGGAUUGUUUAAGGCCCCGAGAUACAAUGACACACGGCUUGAUGAUGUAUUUUCUGCCAAGAAGCCGAGGUUUAGAGUUGCAUCUGGGAAGGAAAAUGUAAAGGAAAAUCCUUCUCUGGAGCAAACUAGUAAUCAAACGAAUGCUUCAGUUUUUUCUAAUUCAGCAGUUAAGAGACAGCAAGCGAUUUCACGCUUUGAGAAAUCUGCUGCCGCAGGAGAGGUUACAAAAGAUGGUAUGCCGCAGGCUGAGGAAACCAAUGAAAAAUGUAGCCAAAGCCAAAAGAAGUUUCUUAGUGUUGCUGACCUUUCAUCUGAUGUUGAUAGAUCUUCUGAAGGAACAGCUAUUGACAUGGGAAAAGCAUUGAAAGGACUAGCCUCACUUGAACCACAUGAUGAUAAUGGAGUAGCUACUGAUUCAUCUCAAAGACACCGAGAUUCAGCGCCAACCAUUGCAGGAAAUUCCUUCUCUAAGUGUCAUAUACCUGGCAAGAAGGCUCCUUUGGAUCUUACUCUAAAAACCAGUAUGCGAAUAGUAUCCUCCGCUUCUGUGGAUUGGAAUGAAAAUAUUAGAGGUGGAGGUUUCAAAGUUUUGCAUUCAUGGAUGUAUCCUCAAUCCACUCUUCCGCCUUCUAUCAUAUCAGUCCUGAGCUCAUCAACUGCAGAAGGAGAAUUGGAGUUCUUAAGGAAACGACAAGUGGCUUGGGAAGAAUCCUUUCGGGAUCUCUAUUACAUGCUUCGGAAGAAUGUCUGUGGCCUCUUUUAUGUUUGCACAUCCCAGUUUGUGGUGAUGUUCACUGGCGGCGAUGGCUCUGGAAAAUCCAAAUGCUCUUGCAAUGCUUAUAUUUCUCAGUCAACAAGAGGUUUGAGAUCAUUGUUAAGAGAGCAUGAUCUUUGUUUCUCUAUGCCACUUUGUCGUUCAAAAGUGGAGCAAGUAACUACUGAGGAUUUGGUUGAACUGUCAGAGAUAGAGAAGCACAACUUGGGGCAGACCCAGCGCUCAAGGUCAUUCUCUGAUGUUGAUAAUACCCCAGAAUCUUUACUGGUUUUCAAUGGCAACGAUAAUGUGCAUGGUUUAUAUGACCUAUUAUUUAGUUACAGAACUCUCUUGACCUCACUGUCUGGUGUAGAUGUACCUGUCCUGUGUUCUCCUGUACCGUUUCAAAGUUCUGCUCUGACUUCUCCUGAUAUUAAAUGCAUGAAGAUGAGAAGGGCUGAAGAUAUUGCGGCUAAUAAUGGGUCUAUUUGGAAAGAUAAUGAGUUUGCACAAGGAUCAUCAGAUGGCCUUUUUUGUAGCAUUGAAAUUAAGGAUACAUUUAUUCCACCUUGGAUUAUCUGCAGUAUAUGUGCAUUGAUGGGCUCCGAAGGAAAAAGCUUUGAAGCAAGUUUUGUGACCGAACCGGUAUCAAGUGGUCUGAAUGUUGCUUUGAAAUCUACUUGUGAAAAGUCUGAAUCAAAGUCGGCCGGUAGUGAAAGCUUUCGAGAUUGCAGUAAUUCUUUUGGCAUUCUAGAAGCAGCAUUUACGUCUUCUCUAUGUUCAUGUACACUAAAAAGUGUUAAGUACUGUGAUGGUUCUUAUACAGCAUCCCUAUCUCCUGUAUAAUCAUAUAAAAACAAGUAACUUAUUUUCGUCAGAUUGAUGCCUAAUUUAUCUAAAUGCUCUCCCUUCUGAUUGGGCUCCAUUUGAAAAUGAAAAACAGGUGUUUUUGUACCCAAAACUGUAUGAACAUGCAUGUUGCCCACAAAUCAUUAUUUGUAAUAUCUGUCUGAUAUGGCUCCUAUCAUUUGAGGCAUUUUGAAUACAUCAUUUCCCUAUUAGCCAGUUAUUAAUUAACUGCCAACGUUGUAUUUCUCGGCA